AUGGGUGGUGCUACUGCCUUCUUCUUCCUCUUGCUGCCCCUCUGGGUUCAGGAUGCAACUGCGGCUGAUCUUGUCUUAACAAGAAGUGAUUUCCCACGGGACUUUGUCUUUGGAGCUGGAACCUCAGCAUAUCAAUAUGAGGGUGCUGUUGAUGAGGAUGGCAGGAGCCCAAGCAUUUGGGACACUUUCACUCACGCUGGCAAAAUCGCAGACAAAAGCACAGGAGAUGUUGCUGCAGAUGGGUACCACAAAUACAUGGAGGAUGUCAUGCUCAUGUACGAGACAGGCCUAGAGGCCUACAGGUUCUCCAUCUCCUGGUCAAGGCUUAUUCCAAAUGGACGUGGGGCUGUCAAUCCUAAAGGUCUAAAGUUCUACAAUAACCUUAUUAAUGAGCUAGUGAAUCAUGGAAUUCAAAUACACAUCACACUUCACCAACUAGAUCUGCCUCAAAUUCUUGAAGACGAGUAUGGUGGAUGGCUGAGCCCUAGAAUUGUCGAAGAUUUCACAGCGUAUGCAAAUGUUUGCUUCCGCGAGUUUGGAGAUAGGGUUGCAUUCUGGACGACUGUGGAUGAGCCAAACAUCGCUAUAUAUUCCUCUUAUGAUACUGCUCUGUUCCCCCCUGCCCGUUGCUCGGAUCCAUUUGGAAUAACAAAGUGCACCGUUGGGGACUCUAGUGUCGAACCAUACAUAGCAGCUCAUAAUACCCUUAUGGCGCAUGCAUCAGUUUUCAGUCUAUACAGAGAAAAGUAUCAACCCAUGCAAAAAGGAGCUGUCGGCAUAAAUAUCUUCUCCUUCUGGACUUAUCCACUAACAAAUUCCACGGUGGAUUUAGAAGCAACUCAGAGGUGUAAACAUUUCUUGUUUGGCUGGAUAUUAGAGCCAUUGGUGUUUGGGGACUACCCAGAAGUAAUGAGGAAGAAUGUUGGCUCUCGCCUUCCACCCUUCACAAAAGAUCAGUCUGAACUUAUCAGGGGCUCUUUAGAUUUUAUUGGAAUAAAUUACUACUAUUCUCUCUAUGUGAAUGAUCGCCCUCUAGGGACAGGUGUUCGAGACUACAAUGCAGACAUGUCUAUUUAUUACAGAGGUUCUCCGACAGACCCGCCAGUUGGUAAGGGUGCCCCAAAAAAUGUUCCAAGUGAUCCCAAAGGGUUGCAACAUGUACUGGAGUACCUGAAAGAAGCCUAUGGGAACCUUCCCAUCUAUGUGCAAGAGAAUGGUAUGGGCUUUGCCGACGACAAUCUAUAUGACACCGAUAGGAUCGGUUACUUGAGCAGCCACAUGGAAAGCACGCUAAACGCAGUUAGGAACGGAGCUGACGUGAGAGGCUAUUUCGCCUGGUCAUUCAUGGAUGUGUUCGAGUUCUUGAGUGGGUACCAGUCCAAGUACGGCAUGUACCACGUCGACUUCGCUGACGAGAGGCGGCCACGGCGAGCCAGGCUCUCGGCUCGCUGGUACUCUGCCUUCCUGAAGAAAAAGGCUGGAACCUCUACGGUUUUGUCAAGAAUGCAGCAUCAGAACUCGGAGUUGGACGCCAUGUCCUGA